AUGCUGGUGCCGCCUUGUUCGUCGCUUACCCCACCUUCCGGCUUGGGACCCAAAGAGGUCUUCAGAAGGGUGCAAGCGCCUGGUCAGCCGCGGUUUUCGCAAGCGUUGUGCGCGUCGGCCUUUUUGUUACUUUCCUCACGGCGUUGCUGUGGCAGGAGUCCUGCUGUCGAUCGCAAGGCGCUCCGCAAGCGCAAGUUGGGACCCGGUGUGAUGUCGCCACAGGACCCGUAUGGUCCUUCAGUACCCUGGAUAGAGCUGCCGCCGCUGCCUGCCAACAAGGCGUGGCGGUUGCAGGAGCUCCUCACAGAGAUGGAGGCCGCAUAUUCCGAGUUGGUCGAGCCUUGGGAGACGCGCAAAGCAGAAUUCGAGGCGGGACUCCCUUCCUGA